CCGGGCAAGCAAGCAGAGAGGUGGCCGGCGCCCCUCGGCAGCCACCCCACCGCGCCCACCACCCCGGCGGUCCCGGGUGCACAAAGGCGGAGGCCGCCCGCCUGGCCUUCACCACCAGGCGUUCAGUUCCCGCUCCUUCCCUUCUCUCUUGAGAGCGAGAAUGGCAGGGCUGAGCGAGGACCCGGGACAGAGGUGGCCCUAGCUUUGCUCUCCUCUCUACCUCUCCUCCUGGGAGGGGAAGCGGGUUGGUCGUGGACUAUGUGGCCGCGGCUGCUCCCCAGUGCGUCCUCGGCCCGGGAACCCGCUACCGCCCCUCUUCUCUGCUGGAACCAUCCCACCGAGCGGAGUUGAUGCUGCUGUCGCCGCCGCCGCCGUUGCUGAAACCGCGGCUGAUGGAUGCCAGGAAGUGCCGCAUUGCUUAGCGUCCCCGCCUCCGGGUUUGCUGACGCUCUUCCCCUGCUUGGAGCUCAGCGCUGAAGAGCCACCUUGUUAUUAAUCACAAUCCCCAUCGUUAUCCUUGACUGGAGCAUCCUUCGGUAGGGACCGCAGAAGCGUCAAAGUGUUGCGGCUGAGAUGUGCGUGGGAGUUGUUUUUGUUACAUCUUGGGAGAGAAGAGGACAGCACCAAGAUCAGCACCGCCCGUGCGGGGUGCGAUUAGGCGUGUUUUGUUAGGGGACUCAAAGGACGAGAAGAGGAGCGCUGGGACGGCCAAAGGUGCGCAUCUCUUUAGAGGAAAGGAAAGAGGGAACCAAAGUGGGGGCGGUUUUUCAAGGGAGUGGGAAAAGAAGUUUAUCUCCUUCAUAAAUAAAGCGGUGGGAAAGCGGGAGCAACAGGGUACUUGAUUGGACACAAAGACAAAUCAUUUCCUGUAAAGAAGAGGAAGCAGGCAUCUUCCAGGUCUGGAGGCCAGAGUGUGGUAGUGACAAGGGCCAGGUUUGUUGUGGGACAGUCAGCAGGAGGAAGGGAAGGCUCAGGAAACAGACAGAACAAUGACUCACUUACAAGCUGGGCUGUCUCCUGAGACCCUGGAGAAAGCUCGCCUGGAGCUCAACGAGAACCCAGAUACACUGCACCAGGACAUCCAGGAGGUGAGAGACAUGGUCAUCACCAGGCCGGACAUUGGCUUCCUGCGUACGGAUGAUGCCUUCAUCUUACGCUUCUUGAGGGCCAGGAAGUUUCAUCACUUUGAGGCCUUCCGUCUCCUGGCCCAAUACUUUGAGUACCGGCAGCAGAACCUGGACAUGUUUAAAAGCUUCAAGGCCACUGACCCUGGCAUCAAGCAGGCACUGAAGGAUGGCUUCCCUGGGGGCCUGGCCAAUCUGGACCACUAUGGCAGGAAGAUACUAGUCCUUUUUGCUGCCAACUGGGAUCAGAGCAGGUACACACUGGUGGAUAUUUUGCGUGCCAUCUUGCUGUCUUUAGAAGCCAUGAUUGAAGACCCCGAGCUCCAAGUGAAUGGAUUUGUUUUGAUCAUAGACUGGAGUAACUUCACCUUCAAGCAAGCCUCUAAACUUACACCCAGCAUGCUACGAUUGGCUAUUGAAGGCCUUCAGGACAGUUUCCCAGCACGAUUUGGAGGAAUUCAUUUUGUCAAUCAACCAUGGUAUAUCCAUGCCCUGUAUACUGUAAUCCGGCCUUUCCUAAAGGAGAAGACUCGGAAAAGGAUAUUUUUGCAUGGCAACAACCUGAAUAGUCUACACCAACUAAUUCAUCCUGAGAUCCUGCCCUCUGAGUUUGGAGGAAUGCUGCCCCCUUAUGACAUGGGAACAUGGGCAAGAACACUGCUAGACCACGAGUAUGACGAUGACAGUGAAUACAAUGUGGACUCCUUCAGCAUGCCUGUGACAGAAGUAGAAAAGGAACUCUCCCCCAAGUCCAUGAAGAGAUCCCAAUCAGUAGUGGAUCCUACCGUCCUAAAACGCAUGGAUAAAAAUGAGGAAGAAAACAUGCAACCUUUGCUCUCUCUGGACUGAUAACUUCUCUACAUUUCCCAUGGAUUGGAAAAGAAAGGUACUUGUUUUCAGCAACAGAGACAGCACUGUGGAGGAAUUACCAGCUGGAAACUUAUUUAUUCUUGUUAAUGUAGCAUAAUAUAUAAUAAGACAUCAGGCUUUUCCAUUUGCCUGAACCAUGGGGGCCCUGGUCUGGAUUAAAAUGUCAAUAAUUUAUUCUGUAAGUGCCAAGUUCUUUGUAAAUAUAAUGUAAUCUUUAUGUCAAGUUUGUAAGUUUUGGUAAUAACUAAAAAUGGAAAAAUUUGGCUUAUGAGUCCUUGCCAGUGAUGUGAACUGUAACAACAAGAAAAAAGACACAUGAAUAAUCAAAGCUAAUUAAAUGUAGCCCUGUUUCCUAUGAAGCCAUAUUUCAGCUCUCAUAGUGGUUGUUUCAUUGUUUUUCUCUGAAACUCUGUCAUAUUCAAAUGUACUUUUAAUGGGCACAAGGAACUAGAUGAUUAUAGGGAAUUAUUAUGAUAAAUGUAUUUCCUGUUUAGUGAUUUGCAUUUCACAGAAAAUGUAUUCUAGUGACUCUCACUGGCCUUGUAUUUUGGAGACAAAGAAUGGCAGUUGAUCUGGUACACUGAACACUUGAACUCUUCAAUGUUAUUUAAUUCCUGGAUUCUUGUAAAAGGAUGUUUUCCCAAUUAAGAUGCAGAAUUUUGAAAGAGAGUGGAUUCUUUUUAAAUUGCUGUCUUCACAAUGUGUCCUUUAUUCAAGACCCCACUGAAUCACUGUCUGGUGUACUUUAAGAAUGUUUCUCCCUCAAAAAUUUUUGACCAAGAGAAAGAGAACUCAUACAUAACAGUGUUUGGACAGCUAAUUUUGAACAUAAAAAUUGCUACAUACAGAUAAGGGGCUAAUUUCUAAUUUAUUGUACACUGGUUUAUAAAACACCUAUUUGCACACAAACACAUAUUUUUGCUGAGCUAUAAUAAAUCCUUGAUGUGACAGGCUUGUAAGAUAAAACAUACCUAUUCAACAGUCUUAGAGAUGAUAUCGAUUAUUACAUGAGAUGCUAACUUUGGAAAACCACUUUCUCUAAAGUUAAUGAAAAUGAGGUGUAGUAAAACAGAUUUUUAGUGAACCUAUUGAAAGGAAUUCCAAUUCGUAAUACAAUCUUGAAUCCAUGCCAUUUUAGUGAAAUCUAUUUUUCUAAACAACAGGUCUCUACAUAGUGCAGGCAGUAUCAGGUGAUCAAGAAUAAUAAAGGUUUUCUCACAUUUAAGUGAAUUAUCCCAGUGAUCCUGUAAGUACAGAUUUUCUUUUCAGAAAAGAUUGAAAGAACAUGUUGCAUCCAGGAGAUACAACCAAAGCAUCUGAGGGCAUCUGAGAUAGCAUAACAUAGUUUAAAUAUACUCUAUAAUCCUUAUGUCAUUGAAAGUUUCUAUUUCAUAAAAAUUCUGCCUUCUUAGCACAUUUUAAAUAGCUUACUUUAAAUUUCAAAUUCUAGUGUGAAAAAAAUCAAGAAUUUUACCACCUUUUCAGAUUGGUAAUUUUUGAUAUUGAGAAUUUACCAUUAAAAUAUUCUUUUGAAAGAAAAAUAUCUGCAGAAACUCUUGGAAACCAACAAAAAUAAAGACGUGUAUCAACCUUUUCACACUUUUGAGCUAGAAUCUUAACACUUUUCAGUUGUAAUUCUAUAAUGAAAAAUCUUAAAUUCAAGAUCAGUACAGUCUACAGUAUCACCAAUGAACUAUUUAAUAUUUGUAAAAGCCUAUAAAUAUACAUGAGUAACAUGAAUGAAAGAUCCCUUAAAAAUGCCAAUGUCUAGUCAAGUAUGGAAGAUUAAUGACUCUCAGGUACUCUGUUCUACUCAUAAAUAUCAUAGAGGUGGGAAUGAAUUUAGUAUAAAAAGCUGCAACAACUCUUAUCUGUGUAAGAACCCUGACUAUUGCAUGUUUUGCCAACCUGACACACAUUUCCCAGGGUUGGGCUUUAUGUACUAUAUAAGCAAGUGGUAGGUAAUAUGGUGCAUUGGAAUGAAAUACAAACAAACUAAGUGCAGAAGGCAGUGAACUUUUCAUUCUCAUUGAUUUCUCUUUUCAUUUAUUGCCAAUUUUCAAAAUUCUACCAGCUUCAAAAAUGUCAACUAGAAUAGUCAGCUUCUUUCCCCUGUCAUUAGACUGGCAUUCUAUAAAAAUAAUUAGGCAGACGUAUUUCUUAUAUCUCUACCUAUCUAAUUACAAAGUAUCAUACACACUGGCUCCCUGCCCCACAUUUGGAAACUUUGAAUAGGGAUGGUUGCUCAUCUGCUCUUCUUCAAAUGAGCAGUUCAGAAUUGGUGGGAUUGUGUAAAAUAUUUUAAAAUGAAUGCACAAGAUUGGAAUAAUGAUGCCUGUUGAAAUAGCUGUAUCUAGUUCAGCCUGUGAGAAAACUCAUUUUCUAGGAAUGUGUUUGAAGCUGCAUAGUCAAGAGAUACUUAGUCAAGUUUAUAAAAUUUCCCCUCAGCUUCAGCUAACUAGUACCAUGUAGGAGCUACUUUUCCCCUUAUUUUUUGUCUUGUAGCUGUGUCUGUUGUUAUAAAACUUAGCAAAUAAGCACCCCAUCUUUCAAUUUAACUGUAAUAGUACAUGCCCACUCACACACACCGACACACAAACACUAGACUAUUUGCCCUGAUGAACUUGCCUGUCAGUUUUGAGAGCUAUGCUUUGUUUUUUUUAAGGUAUGUUCUUACUGAAAAUAUGUAGACAUCAAAGAUUUAUGACAUUUGAUUUAGAAUAGGCCAGUAGUUCAUUUACUUCUCUUACCCUAUUUGCUCUGCCUUCUAUUGUAUCUUUUCUUUCUUCCAAUGUUUCAGGGCAGCUGCUUCCAAAGCUGUUUUAACAAUAAAUAACUUUUAUGUUGUCAGUGACAGUUGCACACAUUCUUGACUGAUAUUCUAAAUGGAAGAUAUUAUCAUGAAAAUAUACUCUAAGAAAUAUGGAGAAGUGCCUCUUUAAAAAUGAGAUAAACAGUGAUACUAGAACAUGGAUUGUAUCUGUACUCUCUUCCGAAAAGUAACUACGAUUAUAUGGUACAGAGGAAAUAUAGCUAUCAUUUGAAGAAGGCUAUUUGAGGCCUUGUUAUAAGCAUUCCUGUACAGUGUAAGUCUUUAUUGUGUACGUCCAAUACAGUAACUUGAAUGCACUAUUGACAAGCCUGGCACUAUGCUAAAACAAUAUACAGGUAUUAAAUAGAGUUUUGCAAGCAAGUUUUUGAAGUGGGCAUGCAUUAUUUCUUCUCUUUCUAUAAUAGUUUGCAUAAAUGUAGGCAAAAACAUUUCUUAAGUCUUUUCAUAUAAAAUGUUUGUUUACUUUACAGUACUAAAAAUUCAUAUAUUCAUAAACAGAAAAGCCAAACAGCUAGGGUCCCUUUAAUUUUGUAAACUAGGUCACUUUGUUAAAUUAAACAUUUGAAGUAUCUGUAAUGUUCCUGAGGGAACAGAAAUGUCUCUCAUGCAUCAAGAAAAUGGAGAGUUGUUUUAGACAUUGGAGAAGAUACUUAUUACUCUUCACAAAAGGAAAACCCUUAGACUCAUGGCAAUGAGACUUCAGGGACAGACUUCCUUUUCUUCUAGAAACAACCUAAAGGGUUAUGGACAUGUUUAUGGUCCUUUAGGAAAGUUAUAUCAG